GACUAAGUUGGUAUUAUAUUAAUCUUAUCCAAAGUUGCCUACCAUUCAAGCUCAUCCAUCUGCCAAUCCAACAACUGUCACGUACAGAUAGCAAACUUGGUCAGAGAUUACAAACUAACCAGCAUAUAUAGCACCAUAGAUCGAAUCCCUUUCCAACUCGUCAAGCCCAGAUCAGAUCCGAGUAGUACGUACUCCACCAUGUCAGGUCCAACUGCUCCAUCUAAUUCCAUUGACGUUGAUCCCUACCAACAUCUCCAACUCCUUCUCAAUGCCGACGGCACCGUUACACAGCUCACCGAAAUCCCCAACACUCCUGCCACACCUGAUCCUAGCAGUCCAAUGCCAGUUCUCUCCAAAGACAUCCCUCUAAACCAGUCAAACAACAAUUGGGUUAGAGUAUUCCUACCACGGCGAGAACUUGAUCAUAGUUCCUCCUCUCCUAAACUGCCUCUCAUACUUUACUUCCAUGGCGGAGGGUUCAUCCGUUUCAGUGCAGCCUCCUCAGUUUUCCACGAGUUUUGUGCGAACAUCGCGAUCCAGCUCCAUGUGAUCGUCGUAUCGGUCGAUUACCGCCUUGCUCCGAAGCACCGGCUGCCGGCUGCUUAUGAUGAUGCUAUGGACGCGUUACGCUGGCUCAAAACAACGACGGAAGAUGAGUGGCUAAGAAACCAUGCUGAUUUAUCAAACACUUUUAUUAUGGGUACCAGUGCGGGUGGGAACAUUGCUUACCAUGCAGGAUUACGUGCAUCCGUGGUAGCUGAUGAUCUUGAGCCUUUGGUAAUCAGAGGGCUGAUAUUGCAUCAGCCAUUCUUUGGAGGGUCCCAGAGGACUGAGUCAGAGUUGAGGGGCAAUGACCCAGUUUUGCCACUGAGUGUAAGUGAUCUAAUGUGGGAAUUGUCGUUACCAAUUGUUGACCGUGAGCACGAGUAUUGCAAUCCGAUGGUGGAGGGUGGAUCUCAGCGAUUGCAGAAGAUCAAGCUGCUGGGAUGGAGGGUCUUGGUGACAGGCUGUGACGGGGAUCCUCUGAUCGACCGUCAGAUGGAGCUGAUAGCGAUGAUGGAGGAAAAGGGUGUGGUAGUGGAGAGCCAAUUUGGUAAGGGUGGUUAUCACGGGGUAGAGAUCUUAUCUGAUCAGCCCUCCAAAGCUAAGGCACUCUGUGUGGUUCUCAAAAAUUUCAUUUUAUCUUCAUCGGGUGGCUAGAGAAAAAUGGUGGCAUGGGCAGCUUGUUGCUAAGUUGUUUUGUAUGGUGCAUGGAAAUGUUGUCAUGAUUGAUAGAGAUAUAAUUAUAGAAUAUGACAUAUAUAUUAAUCUGUCAAAGUAUAUUCUGAUCUUUGGAUCGAUGCUCAUAAAAAAUAAUGCUGCCAUUGUUUUUGUCAUUUAUAAGUUUGUGAUUACCAUUAUAUAUCUUGUUUAUGUAAUA